GGCGAAGGGUGGGGGUGGGACGUGGGGGGUGGAAGGCAGGUGGUCCCCGGGCACUGCCUGGGACCUGGGAGAAAAACCCGCCACCUUUGCCUCAGCAAUGCUCGUAAGAAGAUAAGGCGCACUCCCCACGAUCUUGAACGGGGGCAGAUUCAUAGGGAAGGCUCCCUUGGGGAAUGUAGGACUCAUUGCAGGGCUGGGGGUGUUGGGGUCCCGGGCAUUAAUCAGGUCUAACCACAGAGCCGGAAGAAUUAGUAUAUCGUGUUGUACACCCCCUUUCCCCCUGCCAUCAUGAUUCUCCUUGGCAGCAGCGUUAGCAGCCGCCUGAGGGUGAAAAUGUGGGUAAUGGGGAAGUUGGUAAUGACUCCGCUGUUUUUUCUCAUGGCUCCUUUGGGCAACAGCUGUCCGCCCCCGGUAUACACUGUAGUUGAUUGCAGGGAAACCCUGUACCUCUCCCCUUCCUUCUCUACCGAUUUUGCACUUUUCUCUUUGCUCACCACCAAGUGUAAUCAAUAACAAGCACUGACAAUACAUAGCAAUAGUGAAAUCUGAAAUAACUAAGUAUUAAUUAGGUACUACAGCCAUGGAUCUGGCUGGGUAAAAUCCAAUUGGGUAUUUCAGUUUCAUUCACCUACCCUGUUCUGGGGUUUUUUUUGGUGGUUUCUUUUUUUUUUUCCUUUCCUUUUUGCUAUUUGGAAAGCGAGGAUCACACUUCCCCCUCCCCGUUCCUUUUCAUAAUCUCUUCUCUAAAAAGAGGGAAAAAAAAAAUCCGAAUGGAUUCUAAGGAUUGGACUGGUGUCAGCUGUGUUUUAUUGCACACCUAAAUCCUGAUAAUAGGCUCUUCACCCCUCCGCCUUUAUUUUGGCAGUUAAGCCAAAUGUGUUUUCCAAAAAGUUAGUUCAAGUAUUUUCUCCUCUUUCUUUCCUUCCUCCCCGUCCUUUUUCCCAUCCAUCCCAAACGUUAUUGUCCAGACAUGACUGGACAGCAGCUUUUGUUUCUUGACCCUGUAAUAUGACAGUCUGCUAAUAUUGCCAGAAGGUGCAGCUUUUGGGUUACAGUCGUGAUUUUAGCUAUUCAAUCAUAUUAGCAGGAAAAAAAUGACUUGUUUCUGUUGUACUUGAGUCUUAAGAAAAAGUGCCCAUAGUUUAGUGACAAUUUCCAAAGGCUUUAGUACCACCUGUAUUUCAAAAUGGGGGACCCAAACUCCCGGAAGAAACAAGCUCUGAACAGACUACGUGCUCAGCUUAGAAAGAAAAAAGAAUCUCUAGCUGACCAGUUUGACUUCAAGAUGUAUAUUGCCUUUGUAUUCAAGGAGAAGAAGAAAAAAUCAGCACUUUUUGAAGUGUCUGAGGUUAUACCAGUCAUGACAAAUAAUUAUGAAGAAAAUAUCCUGAAAGGUGUGCGAGAUUCCAGCUAUUCCUUGGAAAGUUCCAUAGAGCUUUUACAGAAGGAUGUGGUACAGCUCCAUGCUCCUCGAUACCAGUCUAUGAGAAGAGAUGUGAUUGGCUGUACUCAGGAGAUGGAUUUCAUUCUUUGGCCUCGGAAUGAUAUUGAAAAAAUUGUCUGUCUCCUGUUUUCUAGGUGGAAGGAAUCUGAUGAGCCUUUUAGGCCUGUUCAGGCCAAAUUUGAGUUUCAUCACGGUGACUAUGAAAAACAGUUUCUGCAUGUACUGAGCCGCAAGGACAAGACUGGAAUUGUUGUCAACAAUCCUAACCAGUCAGUGUUUCUCUUCAUUGACAGACAGCACUUGCAGACUCCAAAAAACAAAGCUACAAUCUUCAAGUUAUGCAGCAUCUGCCUCUACCUGCCACAGGAACAGCUUACCCACUGGGCAGUUGGCACCAUAGAGGAUCACCUCCAUCCUUACAUGCCAGAAUAGAAUACUGACCAGCAAAAUGGAGAAGAUCAGAGAGUGCAGCAGCAAUUUUUUUCUUGUUUUCUUACUUUAUUCUUUCAGAGUUUAAAGAAAAUGGACUCAUGCACAGAACACUAUGCAUUUUGAAACUUGUUCAUCCUGGAUUUUUUUUCUUUUUAAUCAUUUGUAUCUCAGAACUUUAAAAAAAUUAGAUGUCUUCUGCACGGACUGUGUGAAAGAAGAUGCUUUGCAUAUUUGCUGCACUGCAUCAGCAUCUUACUAAAAUGUGAAAUGAAAGGACUAUUGUACACUGAAAUGCUUAAAUGUAUCUGAAAGCACAAGGUGAUACUCAUUUUUGAUGGUCUUUCCAUUUGUGCUGGUUUUUGCCUCUCUGACAUCUGUCAUCAGUAUUUAGAGGGUGAGAAGUGAAUGUAACAGGUAUAAAUAACAUUUUAAAGAACUUAAUAGCUUUGCUGUAAUCACCGUUGUUCCAGAGCACUAUCAGAUUCAUUCUAAUGACCACAAGUGGUUGUUAAAAAAGAAAGAAAAUACAACCAUGGGAAAGAAAUCUUAAAUGAAAAAAGCAUCUCAUUGUAGGCAUCUUGCCUCAUAUUUUACUGGGCCAUGUUUGUUUCCUGGUACUCAUAAAUAUAUGUAUUUUAUUUCCAGAUCUCUUUCCCCAAGUUGCUGUUAUAAAAGAGUAUUCUGCUGAGUGUGGAUAUAGUUUUACACGUUAAAGCAGAUCUGGAGUCUGAAGUAGCUAAAGCAGCUAUCAAACUGAGAAGUACAUUCAUAGCUGCAGAAACCAUGAUAGGUAGAGGACUUUCCUUUUUGGUUUUUGUUUUGUUUUGGUUUUUGGUUUUAAAGAGAUUUUUAUUACAAAGAAAAAAAAUUCCAGUGAAUUCUGCAGAAUUACUGGUGUCUACACCAUCCUAAAGAAAAACUUAACAGGUUUUUUUUUGGAGUAGAAAAAGUUAUUAAAUUUGAGAUCUUAAAUUGAAAAAAAAAGAAAACCAUUGAGUGUCAAAGUUCUAAAAGCAGAACUCAUUUUGUGCAAUGAACAUAAGGAAAGACUACUGUAUAGUUUUUUUUCUUCUUUUUCUUUUAAAUGAAGAAAAGCUUGGCUUAAGGGUUGCAUACUUUUAUUGGGAUAAAUCUGAAUGAUCCUACUCCUUUGGAGUAAAACUUAGUGCUUACCGGUUUCCAAUUGUAUUUAGCUUCUGGUUGGAAUUUGAAAAAAUGAUAACCUAAAUAAAAUAGGUGAAAGUUCCCUGACUAUUCAGGUGAAUACACAAAA